GAGUUUAAAAGGCGGCGAGUCCUGAGCAAGGCUCGGAGAGACCGGCACCGCAUCGUGGGGGCUGUGGUGGACCAGGGUCUGAUCACCAUCCACCACCUGAAGAAGAGAAGCUCCAGUAAACGGGCAAACAUCACUCUGUCUGGGAAAAAACGGAGAAAGUUACUGAAACAGAUCCAGCACAACGAGAGGGAUCGAUCAGCCAUGGACGUGGCACCGGCUCUGAAGCAGAUAAGGUCCGAAGCCGGUAAGGAUGGGCAGAGCGUAGCAACGAAGAAGAAGGGAGUGAAGGUGGUGGACGUGGAAAUGAAAGAAGAGGAGACAGCGGAAAGUGAGGAAAACACAAAAGAAAAGCAGACGCAAUAGAUCAGCCUCUGAAGGAAAGACUGUGGCGGCUGGAAA